AUGGACAUCAAAAAAGACGGCGUCACGCACGUCGACGACUUGGACCAUGAGUUCCGUGAUGCAAAGGUCGCUGUUCAGCUGUCAGAAGACGCUGUACACGUCAAGCAAAGUCCUUGGACGUCGAGCAUGCUGAAGCUCUAUGGCUGUCUAACUAUUGCUUACCUUUGCGGCUGCCUCAACGGAUACGACGGCAGUCUUAUGGGAGGCCUCAAUGCUAUGGACACUUACCUUAAAUAUUUCAACAUGGACUCGGCUGGUAGCAGUACCGGUAUCACAUUUGCGAUCUAUAACAUUGGAAGCAUCCCAGCGGUUCUGUUCAGCGGUCCGGUCAAUGAUCGUUUCGGACGUCGCGCCGGCAUGUUCACGGGUGCAAUUAUUGUCGUCAUCGGGACAUGUAUUCAAGCUCCGUCUAUCAACAGAGGUAUGUUUCUGGCUGGUCGCUUCAUCUUGGGGUUCGGAGUGUCGUUCGCUUGCGUCAGUGCACCAUGCUACGUUGCUGAGAUGGCUCAUCCUGCAUGGCGAGGCACGUUGACUGGGCUGUACAACUGCACGUGGUAUAUCGGCUCCAUCCUUGCUUCAUGGGUGAUCUACGCCUGUGCACAGCACGUGAAGACGGACAUCAGCUGGCGAAUCCCGCUGUGGUGUCAGCUGGUCUCUUCUGUCAUCGUGGCCAUUGGCGUCUGGUUCAUACCAGAGAGCCCGAGAUGGCUUUGUGCCCAAGACCGUAUGGAAGAAGCUACUAAGGUUCUGGCUCGUUACCACGGUGAAGGUGAUGAAUCGCACCCAAUUGUCCUUCUCCAGCUCAGGGAGAUGCAAAACCAAAUCCGUCAAGAUGCUUCCGACAAGAAGGCAUGGGACUAUUCCGAGCUAGUCAACACACAUUCCGCCCGCCGCAGACUUAUAUGUGUCCUUGGAAUGGCUUGUUUCGGCCAACUGAGUGGCAACAGCGUAACCUCCUACUACCUUCCUGUCAUGCUUGAAAAUGCUGGCAUCACGGCUCAGAGCACCAAACUCAUGUUGAACGGCAUUUACCCUGUCAUCUGCUUCUUCGCAGCAAUCCUCGGAGCCCGAAUGACAGAUGUUGUUGGCCGCAGACCGCUGCUGCUCUACUCGAUUGUCUUCUGUUCGGCCUGUUUUGCCAUAAUCUGUGGCACGAGCAAACUCGCACAGGAAAACAUUGGCAACAAGUCAGCAGCUAACACUACUAUCGCCUUCAUUUACCUGUUUGGAAUCGUCUUCUCUUUCGGCUGGACACCACUUCAAAGCAUGUAUAUCGCAGAAACGCUCGCCACCUCAACACGCGCAAAGGGUACUGCAGUAGGCAAUUUCGCCUCGAACGUCAGCUCGGCCGUCAUCCAAUACGGCUCAGGUCCUGCUUUUGCCAACAUUGGCGCUUACUUCUACCUUGUAUUCGUAUUCUGGGAUCUUGUUGAGUUCGGUGUAAUCUAUUUCUACUGGCCCGAGACCAAAGACCGUACUCUGGAAGAACUCUCGGAGGUGUUCGAGGCCAAGAACCCUGUCAAGAAGAGUCUGGAAAAGAGAGGAGCUGCUACGGUGCUCAACACGCUUGACGUGGAUGCUGCUAUCGUCGAGAAGAUGGAGCACUGA